AUGGGACAUGGCAUCGUCUACUCAUCAUUCUUUGUUCCCCCAGGACCAUCAUUUGGCCUAGAUGAAGUCUCAUCAACGGUUAUAAUUCCGUUUGUACUCUGCACCUACGCAGUGUAUUACUUUUUCAGGGCCAGAUCGGUAACCGACAAAUUCGUGCAUCCAACCGCUUAGCCUCCUAGAGUCUACGCACAGCCGUCACCACUAUCAAAUUUCUUCACAAAAAAUAUGCACUGUCUCAGGGAUGUGUAUGCCCCCUUUAUUUUGGGCUUCACUGGUCGCGUGCAAACAGUGUUAGGCUCAUUGAUUAAAAAGGCCUCCAAGCUAUCCUAUGAAAAGUAAGUUGUGAUUUUGCAAUGCGAAUACUUUUUAAGGGAGAUGAUUACUUUCUCUGAUGGUGGAGAGAUGAAGCUGUCCUGGUAUGCUGAGGGCCCUGUGGCUGCUUCUUGUCCAAUUGCAAUAGUUUUGCCUGGCUUGACGGGAUGUGCGUGUACCGACUACAUCACAACGAUCGUAAAAAGUAUCGCUCAACAGGGAUACCGGUGCGUUGGUGUACGGCAGUGUUAUAUUUAAUUGCAUGCCUUUUGUCCUGACACCACAGUAUCAAUAACGACAUGUGCAGUGUUUUUACAAAAUCUCUUCUGCUUUACGGUCGUGCCUUUUCAACCCAAAAGACGAAGUAGUGGUCGCCUACACUAUUUUUCUGCUCGAAUUCUACCCGUGGAUAAUUAGCGGUCUUCAUAAUCCAUCUCGGUCCUUCUUGUGCAUAUCCCUGGCGUAUUAAUCACUUGAAAGUAAAAGGCAUGUUGGAUGUGUGCAUCCACUCGGCGCUGCGAUAUAGACGAGGAAUAUCUCUGGUAGGAGUAACAUUGAUUACUAAUGCAAGCUAGUGGUUGCCCUGUGUCACCUCUGUUAGCUAUUUACUUGCCCCUUCUGUUAUUCUUUUGUUUUCUUCUAGCGUGGCCGGUGUUACAUUGGUUUUCCGUCUGUUUACUUUCAUGCUGGUGUGCUAUCCACUAGUUGUUUACGUCUGGGUGCACUGCGUUUUUGUAUAUCUAGAAACGCCUCACUAAGUCAAAUAUAUUGAUGCCACAGUUAUAAUCCAUAUUCCAAUAACCAGCUCAGUCGUUUGUCGGCUUACUAUUUACUGCCCUGAUAGCAUUCUACUCGCCCAGGGCUAGCCCGGCUGCAGGCUAGUGUUGCGAUUGACUGGAUUUUUUCAGCAAUCCUAGCGGACACUGUCCACACGGGGAUAGCAGGUUGGCGCGCCUUCUCGGGCGAGCUGAGGGCGUUGCAGCUCGAGGCGAUUUAAGUCACCAGACGGGGACCUAAAUUCCGAACCAAGUGCGUGCUUGCGCGCGCGCAAGGGGACCCCCUGGCGUGACGUGGUAAAUGCACUCGGGUGAGCAUCAGGGAGGGUGUGUAGCAGAAAAGCUACUUUUCUCGCACAGAUCGAGCACUCUCAGCCAGUCAGGUCACUAGCUCUGCACCAGCUCGCAAGUCAAACAGACUGGCAAAUGUCUAGCCCUGGGCGACUAAAUGCUAUCAGAGUGGUUUCGUUUAGGCACUAGACGACGUAUUGGCUUCUGCACUUCGCAGUUGCGCCUUACCAGUCGAGACCAACGCUGCCUUAUGUAUGCAACUGUCAUUGUCAGGGUCAGACGCACGCUCCUGAUAUGCAGUUGUUCACUAAGUUUGUACUUUAUUUUGCAGUAGCUACCCCCGUGUUGUCUACCGUUGGCCGUACGAGAUGAAGUUAACAAACACUCAUGUGUUCUUUCAUUCCUCCUCCACUUCAUCUCUGUAAUUGUUCGGAGUUUUAUUGUUUUUUUUUUACUACUAGGUGUGUCGUACUGAACAAUCGUGGCACUUGCAGACAAAAACUGAAGGUGAAUCUUCUGUUUUUUUCAUUUCUUGUCUCUACGCUAUUCCAUAGUUUUUGCUCUUAGUGGGAAGUCUUAAUAGUUAUACUGUCGAAUUCGUCAUCAGCCACGCUGGCUGAGUAGUCAUAAUAAUGAUGGUGCCUGCAGUGGCGUAUUUCGACUCCAGUACAUCCCCUGGCGCGAGUGUGAAAGUGAGCGCGGUGGUUUUUAUGUCUUGCGAGUUGCCACAGCUGAAUUUAUAAUCAGAGAACGCACCCCUCCAGAUUAAUAUUUCUCAUCCUGAAGGGGUGACCGAUAUCAAACAUCUCAGGGCGAAGUUGCUGUUAAAAAAAAACAGAGUAGUUGCGCUAUCCCUGCACUAUCUCGAUAGUGCCAUUUGGGGUUUUUCAAGUCAUAGAAAGAAAUAUAAGCAACUCUUAUCCGUUUCCUGACCUGCACCAUUAGAAGAAUGUUGUGAUACUUCUGUAAUGACAACAGUACGCAGUUUUGGUUUUUCAAGUUCAAGUAGUUGUAAGGUAAGGCCAAACGUGUCCUUUCUGUAAAACAGACAAUCUUCUGAAUCUCAGAAAACGCGUCUGUUGGUAUUGGCUAUACAGAAGCUUUGAAGACAUUUGAACUCCGGUUGAUUCAGGCUUUUACUUAACAUCACUCCAUUGGCAGACGUCUCCCUCUCCUAGUUUUGUUGUUUUUGCAAUCUGACUGCACAACUUUAUGCUAGCAGCGAUGACAAUCAGUAGUUAGUAAUAGGUCGUUUAUUUAAUUCCCGUUAAACUCGAGCAGACCCCAAGAACAUACUCCGCUUCGGACACGGAGGACGUCUCGGAGGCCAUCUCGAUCGUGCACAAACGCUAUCCAGAAGCACCACUUACCGCAGUCGGUAUCUCCAUGGGCGCGUAAGUCUACCGUCUAUCAGUGUGUAAUUGGUUAGCUGUGCAAUCAUUCAGUUUCAGAGUAGUGAAGGCAGUGACCGUGCAGUUAGUUUGCCAGAGACGAAGUUACAACAUUCCCAACUAAGCAAUGCAAGUAUUACAAGCGUCUAACCUGCUCAGACAGAGUUUUGAUGAUGAUGACAAUUUCUGUACGCAUGUGAUGGAUACGGCGGCGACCUCUGUGCCUAUGUUUUCAUGCAGCCGUCUUCAAUUCUGUCAGCUUGCCCCGUCAGAUAUUUGACCGUGUUGACAUGCAGCAGUUAGUCCUAGGUUGAGUUCUGGCACAUGUUAUCACAACUGCCUAGCGGUUUCCCGUCGGAUAACUCCUAGUCGUGUCUGAUUUCAUAUAUUUUUCGCACCACCAGGAACGAGACCGCGUUACUGUUCAGUGUUUUACGUAGGCCUUCCCAGACUACGUAGACGAACGUUUGACAAACAAGAGCGUCUAAGCAGACAACUGUGUACUUUUUGUAAGUAACAGCGACAGAUCAUAUAUGGUGAGUCACGAUUGUUCAUUGUAACAGACCGAAAACCCCAGACACCAAGGCCUGUUAUUCUUAACUCUUCAGUGGAACCGUACCGGUUCGUUAUUCCAAAACUCACUUGAACGCAGAAGCCACACCUGACAAACGGUCGUUUUUCAACUUACUUCCGUCUAAGGAAUUAUUCAUCUGCUGUCUAUUGAUGUUGCCAUCUUAGUACGCACAAGAUUUUGUCGUUAUUUCUUUAGACAUCAGGAUUCUUACCCGCUCGUCUUCCAAUUUCGUCUGUUUCUCGUCAAGGCUUAUCCUCUUUAACUACGUCUCCUCUUUCGGCGAGGAUGCUCCAUCAGAGCCCAACUAUGUGCGGAUGAAUGGGACUGCGUGCAACUCAAACAAGAAGUGUCCUCUGCGUGCUGGACUCUGCAUUUCAAUGCCUUGGAAACUGAAUGAGUCUUGCGCGAGUCUGGAGAAGUUCCUCAACUGGCUGCUCUUCAACCUCCCACUAACCAAUAAUCUUUGUGCAAUUGUCAACACCAAUGCUGAGGUGUUAUCUGACAAAUUUGAUGUCCCCCGCAUCCUGCGCGUAAGUCCAUACUCCCCCUCCCCCUCUUACCGUUCAACCAACACCCGGGGUCGACAUUUUGACCUAUAUCCAUACAUAUAUAUUUCAAAGAAAAAAUGAGUCAUUUGGAAAAUUGAAUAAACUUUAUUUUGUACAUUUUCGACGCUGGCUCUCAGGUCGUCGUUAAGCGUGCAGAAAGCAUGAAUUUCUAGACACAGUACGAGGACUCACUAUUGACACGGAUGGGAUAAUGGUAUCGUUCGAUGCUGCCUCUCAACUAACGUCCACACCGCUAGGCAGUGCACAGAAGAACUACAACUCUGCGACAUCGAUGUUUCUGCAGCGGACUUGCUCACAUACGGAGUGCUGUUAACACCCUAACUAAUCGAGCAAACUCACCCUGUUCUGAGAACGAAGGGUACAAAAUACAAGUCAAUUAUUUGUUUGACCUACCUUCCCCAAACGGCUACUCUAGAUUUUGUACGCCGAUGUAUGAGGCAGCAGGAAUCAAAGGAAAGAGAUAAGGAACUUGAUUGUUCCGAUGAAACACACAAACCACAAAAUUGGCGAACGCUUCCUAGCAUAAAAAAUGCCUUAACUCGUUAAAAGACACCUGGCGAAGCACCGAAUACAAGUGGCGCACAAACAGACGAAUAGGCUACGCAAUCAGCUCGUACACCCCAAGGAUAGGGUUGGCUAGUUGGAUAAGAAAGAAGUAGUCUAUAAAAUUCCAUGUGGCACUUUUAAUGCGGUAUAUUGUGGUCAAACUGGGAAACCCGCCUCCACAUGCCUACAUGAACACCAGUUGGCAGUAAAGAGGUGAGUUCGCUUAUCCCAAGUCGCCAUGCAUACUCUAGAAGCAGCGCACAAAUUUGCUCGGGAUAAAACACGCAUUGUCGAUUCCUGACCAUAUAAGAAAGGCCGAGAAUCCCUAAAGGCCAUUCACUCUGAUGAUUCAGGCAUCAAUCGGCACAUCGAUCUGGACGCCAUGCACAGAAAUCUCAAAGAAAAAUAGAAAAGGUGGUAGCUUAUCAAAGCGUGAUGUCGGCUCACAGCAUUGACCCAUCCUCAGCACUGACAACGCAAUAUUGAUUUUUCCGGCAUAUUUAAAUUUUAGCUGUUUUUCACACUUACUACACGUCUGAAGACGAGCUAUGGAAGCAGCGUCAAAUAUUUACGAAAUAAAGUUCAUUUUCCCAUAUGACUCACUCCGUCGACCCUAAAACCUCCUCCGAGUACUUGUUCGGGCGCGAACAACCCGGACAUUGUGUUACCUGGUGGCGGCCUAUAGACGACGGGUAAAAGCAGAUCCUUGCAAACAGUUGGAACACAUGGUUAGCCCAGCCUUGCCAUGGUAGUUUCCAACUCCAUGAUUUUCACUUCCCCUUUCGUUUUACUCGUUAACGCCAUUUUUCCUCGAUUCUUCCCAUACGGAAGUCAUCUUUAACUAAAACCAUGACCUUCUUGCUUCAGCAUUGAUUUUCUGCACGAAUUCAAAUCUUUUGUCUUCUUCCCACUCGUUAUCUAUGUUAUGAAGCAACAGGAUGCAGCUGACGAGCCUUCGCUAAAUUUUUUGGUACCAUUAACCCCUGCCCUGCUUGCCUGCUCUAGCUAUGCUUUUUGUCUCGAGAAGUCUCCUAGUUUUCAAGGUCGCAGUCGUCAUCUUGACUUUUGUGUGAUCAGAACUCUCUCCUCAGCCAAUAAUAUCGUUUAAGCACACUUUAAGCAUGCCUUUCCCUCCCAACUGCCGUACUUGGACGUUAACUUGGAUAUUUGUCGUUUCAUCCAGAGCCGAUCCAUCCGUGAGUUCGACGAAAACUUCACCACCAGCAUGUUUGGGUUCUCCUCCGUGGAAGAAUACUACAAUCAGGCCUCCCCGGCUCUCAAACUGGACUCCAUAAAGGUGCCCCUUCUCUGUUUUGUAGCCGCUGACGACCCCUUCGUUCCACUAAGUAGUAAGUUCAUUUUACAAAUAAAUAUUCUUACGCUCCCUAAGGCACGCACCCCUGCUGCAGUUUACAGCCUGCGUCAAAGUCCUGCUGUCGGCCAAGAGCCCUCGACAGGUCACAACACACCCACGUCUGUUCCACGACUUGCUUGCUAACUUGUUUAUAGUUAAGCAGUCUUUCCUUGCAUCUACCACAUUCUCCCAUGCCAAUCCCACCUUGCCCCAAUGCCAAACGAGGUUUAGAAGUCCGCAGGUGGGCUCGGGAACAGUGGCUGGGGAGGCUAAACAACCUGUUUGCGCGUGCUCCUGUACUAGGCCAUCAUAAGGGCCACUCGAACCUCACAUCAGUGGGAGUACCAUAAGGACCGCAUUAAAAAGGAGGUAUCGCAGCCCGACUCACAGGCAGUCCUCCGACCACUCCAAAGUACUCACCACGAGGACCGAGAUAUCCCAUCAGUUGACAGUUCUCCAAACCACAACUGAUGGCCCGGUGUGAUAGAUUCGAGCUGAUUCGCUGAUUUGCUGAUUUGCCGUGGGGAUGGAUUUCCUGUGUCGGCCUUUCUCCCCACAUACACCUGUCGACUGUCCGGAUUGGGUGCAGUGGUUGAUAGUUAUUAGACGGUCCAUCCCUGCCUGCCGCACACGAUACGGUCCCGCAACAUUUAAGAGGCUUUCAUGGGGUUGACUCAGGCCUCACAUCAACGAGAACGCCACGGGAGCCACAUUGAGGGUAGCGGCCAAAGCCUGAUCCUCGGUCCUGAGAAAGACCUUAUUAGUACUACGUCAGUUGGCAACCUUCAGGUCCAGGACUUCUAUUGCGUCGCGAUAAAUUCAAGCACACCUAAUUUAUUCUAGGGAGGAAUACGAUGACUUUUCAUGCAUACGCAAGCUGCCUAUCCAGGUCAGUCUGGCUGGUGGUGAGACUGGACGCACCGAUGGCCAAAUUCAAACAGCCUGUCAAUGCGUGUCACACACGACCUGGUUGCUGCUCCACACGUGCCAGGCCACAUCAAAUGACGCGUUUCUCACGUGAAAUGUGUGCGUUUUCACAUGCGACAUUAUCAGAUCUCCCCGCAUACGUCUUGUAUGAAUGUUGUGCUUGGUGCCCCUCUUACUUUUCACGUGUGCGCGUGUGUUUUCAUUGAAGGCCAAAAAGAGGUCCAUUGUUGUUGCAAGUGCCGAAUUCGUGGCGAGCUGAUAACGCUUCCCUCCCCCCGAGAUGUCGUAGUCUGUACCUUCGGCACAAUCGCUAAGAGUGUGGGCAUUUCGCAGUAUAAUUUGUCCGUCUAGGUCUGUCAAUUGGGAGAAGGAGGCGUAGACUCAAACGAUGGUAGCAAAUCUGUGUCAAUUGAGAGGCACAAAAAGGUCUAUAGUUGACUUCUUGUGGCAGAUGAUACAGCCGUCUCACCACGACAUUCAGGCAACGAAGACGACUGUCGUCUCAUUGCUCUGCCUUUGGAGUCCGUUGUAGAAUAAAGCCUCCCGGCCCCCUCUUACUCCAGUUAUCCUUGUUCGAAGAAGCGCGUCUCACCGAGAGUCGUUAUGUGCGCUUUGUAGCAUGAAAGUCGGCUAGAUCGUAGUUGGUAGCCAGGGCCCGUAUUGCAGGUGGCGGAGGGGUUUGUUUUGUGGGGCUGCAUAAUUAUGUCUGAUCCAUUUGGCUUCCUUAAUACGUUUGAGGUUAAGAUUAGGGUACCGGUUAAUGGGUUCCGAUUUUACGGUUAGGGUUAUGCCUUUAGGCAUGGACUUUCGGGUUACGGUUAGGGUUUGAGCGUACGAUUGGGUUUCAGUAUUACGGUUAGGUUUUCCAGUUACGGCUAUGUCUAAGGGCUACGGUUACGUUCACGAUUUCGAUUAAGGCUAGGGUUAAGAUUGCCGUUAGAGUUAACGGUUAAUGUUUAAGUUCGAGAUUAGGGUUAGGGUUAAGUUUAGGAUUAGGGUUAAGGUCAGCGUCCGCUUCUCUAUUCCUGGCUACCAACUGCGAUCUUACCUGAAAGUCAAUAGGUGACCGUUGGAUCGUCUAACAGUGACCGAACAUUCCAGACUGCCGGAGUCCAUAGUCAUAUUAGACUUUCGCAGCCUCCACCCCACUCCCCCUUACUACCUAGACCCUGUGUCAUGAUAGAGUUAAGAAGAUCGGAGGCGAGAAAGAGUGCACAUGGCUGGCAUGACGGAGACCCGCACCUAAGUGUGUCACUACAGAUCCCCAUUCAGUGGGAGUGCCACUGAUGCCAAAUUAAGGGGCCAUUGCAGCCUGGCUCAGUCCACUGGUGGACCAAUCCACACAAAUCCACAUUAGUUUGACCGCGGGGUCCGAGUUAUCUCCUCAGUUGGUAACCUUCCGAUCCACGGCUUUUAGCCACUUGUGUGUACGCGUGCGUUCCUGUUGAGAGGCAGAAGUAGAUCCAUUGUUGUUGGAGCAGCCGCAUUCAUCGCGAGCUGAUAACCCCUCCGAGAUGUCGUGGUUUGUACCAACGAUGUCACUGAAGUCACCAAAGGAAUGCAGUUUGUCCGCCUUUGACAAAGUCACUAGGGGCGUGUGCAUUUCUCUGUGGAAUUUGUCCUCCACUUCGUUUUGGUUUGUCAAUUGGGUAGAGGAGGCGUAGACCCAAACUAUGUUGACGAAUCUGUUUCCAUAAGGAGGCAAAAGCAGGUCCAUACAAUGGUAGUUGAAGCAGGCAGGACAGACAUCUUAAGACUUCAUUCAGACAGUGAAGACGACUGUCGUCUCAUUGCUCUGCCUUUGGAGUCCAUUGUAGAAUAAAGCCUGUCCGGCGCCCUCCAGUCAUCUUUGCUCGGAGAAGCGGGUCUCACUGAGAGCCGCGAUGUGCGUGGGUAGUGUGGACAGUAAAGACGGAUGCAACGAGUGUAUGCUGGGGCUUUCGGUACCGGUGUGCCGGUCACUGCGAUGGAUUCACAAGCGAUCGGUCAGACCAAUGUGUAAGGUGCGAUGUGCGUUGGCAAUAAGGACAAAUGGGGAUCGAGUCCACAUUGCUGGCAGUGGGGGCGGAGGUAGCGAGAGUGUUCGAGGUGUUCUCUCCGGAGGCGGGGAUGGGAAAGAAGUUAUAGUCGUCGCGGGUGUUGUGGCAGGAAUGAUGGAGGUGGCGGUAAUCGACGGUUACGGGCCCCAGGAGUGUGAUUACCGGUGUUGGUGGUGGUCACUGUCGUGGGAUUGGUACAGGAGUGACGAUGGCGGUGUUCAUGGAGGCAGCGGAUGGGGUCGUUGGACUGUUGCUGCACUGGGUCCAGAGAUGUCCGACGAAGCCGGUCCACGCGCAGAAUGUUCGCUGUCAGCAUGGACAUGUUAGAAGGGAUUGGGUGUUGGCGUUGCGGAUCGGAGGCGCUUGAACCUGUGAAUUGCUCUUUUGGCCUAAGCAGCGCGAUCCGUUUGGCUUUGUAGAUUGUCACUCCAGUCUUCACUUCCCUUUUACAGGCCGGUCGAUCCUGGACGAGGUCCUUCGUGUUGAUUUGUAGGUAUUUCAAAGAAUUCUUUACGACGUCCUUGUAGUGUCGGGUUGGUUCUCGUCGCCGAGCACCCGUAGCGACGUCUUCGUAGAAGAGUUGUCUGGAUAGACUUUCUGUCCGCCCUCGCGAGGUGUCCGCUCUAUCGCAGUUGCAGUUGCCUCAUCAUGGCGUGGAUGUUAAGGAUUCCGGUGGAUUCCAAGAAUUCUCUCUCGGGGAUCCUGUCCUGCCACCCCGGCUUUAGAAUUCUCCGAAGACAUCUGAGGUGGAAAUGAUUGAGUUUCCUCACUUGAUUGGUGUAGGCUGUCCAAGUCUUCCCCCUCUACACAGCAGUAUCCGCAAGAUGACAGCUUUUGUUCAUCCGGAGUUUGGUGUUGAGAUGGGGACCGUGGCGAUUCCACACUGAGUCUUGUAGUCGGCCGAAGGUUUGGCUGCCUUUGGAGAUUAGAUGAGCCGCUUCCUCGUCGAUUUGGAUGCCGCUUGCGAAUGUGCUGCUCAAAUAGGCGAAAUUGUCCAUGUGCGCCCUUGGUACUGGCUCGAAGGGCGUUGUAUUCAGCGUUGAGUGUAAAGCUGAUGCCUGACCACUGCCUCAUCCGUGUUGAUGGGCAGCCAGAAGUCGGCGCAAAAAGGCCCAUGCACUUUUGCAUAUCAGAUUCUGCCGCGGUAUUGUGCGCGCAGUCGUCCGCGAAGAGCAGGCCGUGGAUAGACACACUGGGGCUUGUAUGCACUGAUGUGGAGAUACACACACGCCAGGAGCCCCAAUCUGGUUUAGCCACUUGGCCAAAUACGAUUACCGCCGGGUACUGAAGUCACAGUCGAAAUACUUGGGUGCCGACGUGGGACGCAGUAGGAGUAUUCACCGGGUUCAUUAACGUGUGUUGGGGAUCGCCAAUAUACUGCGAUCAUAGGCAUGUCCGGUGUGACUGGCCAAGAUGGUGUCGCGUCUGUUACUUCUCCAUACGUGGCAGCUUGCGGCAAUUCACAGCGAGGCACCUUUGUCAGUGUCUGGCCGCACAGUGGUGACGUAGGUCAUCACGGACGGCAAACAAUACAGCUCCUGAAGCCUGCAUACAUUCACAAAGGCGUGUUUUUUGACUCGGAAGUUGACCCAAGUGCCUCCAUCAAAACGCUCGGUUUAAACAAUCGACCUUCGGUUAAGUGAUAAUUUUUUUAGAACAAAAGCGAAAUGAUAAAGGUUGAAAACUUUCGCGUCAAAUGACUGUAAAUGACUGUCUUCUCACUCCACUUCGAGUUGGGGUUGCACACAGGCCCGAAGCAACCAUUAGGCGCCAAGUCAUGAGGCGAAAAGACCCGCUGCCACGGCAGGAAACGUCUGGAGUCGUUUACCGGAUUUGGUGUAGUUGCGGACAAAGUAAAUAUGUCGGAGAAACUGGGAGAUUACUCCGCACGCGAAUGGCCGAGCACGCAGCAGCAGUGAGGCGGGGAGACGCUAACUCUCAGGUGGCGGCACACUCGACGGGACCCGGCCAUAUUUUCAAAUUUCAAGAGGCCAAAAUCCUUGCAAGGGGGGACAGCCGCUUGAGCCGCGAGCUGUUCGAGUCAUGGUUCUCAGGCCCGCAAUCCAUCAACAAGCACAAUGACCUCCCGGCACCAUAUUCCGUAUUGCGAUUUUCCCUGGGUAGUGGAAUCAGUCACGUGGGGAGGGCGCGGGCGACCAAUUAUCACAGUGACAGUGAGCCAAUUUUCCGAGCAAUCGUCGCACCAGCAUCCAGCACGGAUGACGAAAUCACGGCCAUUAACGACUCGGACUGGCAAGCCAUCCCCGCAUCAAUCACGACCCCAGCGGUGAUUGCGAGAGCUGUUAAUUACAGCGCGCAUAUGGUCCCACGGCGGCCACGUGCUAUAAAUACUGCACUCCUUGUGCCACCAUCACAUUUAUCUGCGAAUAUAUCUGAUGCUGGGUCCGAGUGAGAAUCCGAAACGCCAGGCCAGUAACUUUCUUGUUCCAGUGGUCGCAUCUUUUUCUUCUGAACUGCUACCUGGAACUCGCCUGUCCGCUUCUCACGAAAACUGUGUAAACUAGUUAAUAUUAGCCAAGCAAUGUUUAAGAUAAAUCCCUCAGUGGUCCUCAGACCUUACGUUCUUCAUGUCGUGGCCGGUCAACUACUGGACGAGUAAUGAAGUUUUGGGUAGUGACUUACAACACCUUUUUUCGCGUUAUUUCUGGCAUGCUUGGUGAGGUUGAGGAUGCUUUUGUUUGAUUUCUUGGGUAGGGAUGCCGAGAGGCCGGUUGGUGACGAAGAGAUCGGAACAUACUUGUCAAAGGCGGUCGUCAACAUGUCAUCUUCUGCGUAUUAGUGGAUUUUUUUCCGCUGAAACCAUUGCAUGCUUUCCGUUGGUUCGCAUAACGUCCGUUGAAUAUCAACAAAUGCCUUGCUAUCUUCAGUCGAUUACUUAUGUGAUGACUUCUGUAGUUUAUGGUUAAUGUAUAUUUCAAAAGAGGACAGUAUUUGAAAGCGCCUACCUCUCUAGUGAAUCCUUAGUCGCUCCUUUUCCUACAGAUAACGGUUAAGUCCUAGUUUUAGACUUGCCAAAACACGAACCCCUGUCUCCGAAGAAAGUGGACGUCUGCAGGGGAGACAUGAGGUGAAUAUGCCUUUCCUCAGGCCGAACCCAAUCGAUAAUUAGCUAUCAUUAACUACUGCUUUAUGGGGGUAUUUUCUCUUCCUAGGGUGUUUCCUGGGUGAAUAUACACGACCAACGCGACUCUCGUUUUGUGUCCAUGUCACGUAUUAUUAGAGGCUAAACCGUAUGAAUCGGGUUUUAUCAUAUACCCGAAAGUGUUGAUGAACACGCGGUGGCAGACCUUUUCGUAGUUACCUAUAGCAUGUUUUCGCGUGCCUGGGAAUUAUGGGUGUACCAAAACAAAUCCUUGCCUGUCGACAUUAUUACUACUUUUUAGGUCAUAAAAAUUACACAGAUUUGCCAGGUGAAAUCUCUAAGGAAGAAAAAACUUCUGUCUUUCUACAAAUAACGUAGUUACUAACAUCCUAUCUCAUCGGAUUUACACGGACCCAAAAGUCGCUUGCCAGGCUGGCAAAGGUUCGUUUGUUGGAGUUUUUCAAUUUAGAUUACUUCCCUCUAGUUGAUGAGCACGUUGAGAAGCGUACGUGCAGUCUAUGGUGAUUAUUAGUAUAUGAAAUUGCCCGAAUAUAAAGUAACGCUAGUUUCUGCUCAUAAUGAACAGUCUUCCUUUGAUUAAUUAACUUUUAACCAUAUUUCGCAUGCGAAAAGGACUUAUCGAGUAACGCAUGAAGAUAACAGAUAAAAGGGGUCGUGUGCAACAACCGGACGUAUGGAUCUCGAUCAUCCUGCUUUAUGAGCAGGGUUAGAAAUUCAGUGCUCUAACCACUGACCCACGGGCUCGUUGUCCCGUCGGCUGCGAUCGGGUAUGUUAAUGCUAGCCGACCUUGCGGCGCUCACUCCCCCUGCUGUGCCCUGGGGCUCAAUCUCGAGCCCUGCCAGCAGCCGCACAGCGGCGCGUAAUGCAGACGGAGUGACAUGACCGACAAAGGCAAGGGAAUUGGACAUGACUGGCUGAUGACGGCCAAUAAGCCAGAAAUGGCCAUUUCCGGCGCUAGGAAGGAUGAAAAAAGUGGAAAAUAAAAGGAAUGGGAGCCUUAAUAGCCGUCAUCCUCCCCUUCGUUUGAGUGCACUGCAUAUAGUCGAAAGUUGUUCCGAUCUCUUGGCAUCUCUCCUCAUGGUUUUCUUUUUUGACGCUCGCAGUUAAGGCUCUAUUAUUUCCUGUCUGACCCGUGACUGCUGGUGAGCCCUGUCUGCCAACGUCACUGUCUUCGGUCAAGAGUUGUGUAAUAACCCUGUUUUUUGACAACACGGAGUUCAAAUACGGUAGGAGAAUGAUUUGUUUCCAUCCUCCUGAUCCUUUACCUCUACUUUUUUGCUAUCCCCUCAGGCAUUCCACUGAAGGCCAUCUCACAGAGCAGUCACGUAAUGCUUGUCCUCACCAGACACGGUGGCCACAUCGGCUUCCUGGAUGAUCUCCGACCCACGGGUCCGACGCUGAUGGAUCGUGUGGCUGCCCAGUUCUGUUCGGCGGUCUUUGAGAACCUCGAUGAACUCUCAGCCUCCUUGCCGGACACGGACUAG